CCGGUGGGUGUGGAGGCGAGUCCCAGAGGCCGGUGUGGCGAGGGGCUGGUGAUGCUGCGGCGGACACGGCCGCCCCCGCCCGCGUCCGAGACCAGCUCGAGGGGAGCGCGCCGGGCUUAGGCGCGGGAGGAGAAGGAGCAGAAAGGCUCCGGGCUAGCGGGUGGAAGGACGCCGGAGCCAUGCAGCGGGCGGCGGGGUUGGUGCUGGGGCUGCGGGCCGGCUGCUGCCCGCGCCCCCGGGGCUGGAGCAGCGCGGCCGAGGCGGCCGGGGCCGUGCUGAAGCUGAGGCCGGAGAGGAACGGGCGCGAGUGGGUCCUGACGCCCGAAUCCAUGAAUCCGCUGGUGAAGGCGGUGGAGUACGCCGUGCGGGGGCCCAUCCUGCUCAAAGCCGGCGAGAUCGAGAUGGAGCUGCAGCGGGGCAUUAAAAAGCCUUUCACAGAAGUCAUAAAAGCCAACAUUGGUGAUGCCCAUGCAAUGGGUCAGCAGCCAAUCACCUUCCUCCGACAGGUGGUGGCUCUUUGCACAUAUCCAAACCUGUUGGACAGCCCUAGCUUCCCAGAGGAUGCCAAGAACCGAGCCAGGAGGAUCUUAAAGGCGUGUGGGGGGAACAGCCUGGGGGCUUACAGUGCAAGCCAGGGUGUGAGCUGCAUCCGAGAAGACGUGGCCACGUACAUCGAGCGGAGAGAUGGUGGCGUGCCCACAGACCCUGACAACAUCUACCUGACCACUGGAGCUAGCGACGGCAUUUCUACAGUUCUUAAGCUUCUGGUGUCUGGUGGAGGAAAGUCCCGGACUGGAAUAUUGAUCCCCAUACCCCAGUAUCCACUGUAUUCGGCUCUCAUUUCGGAAUUGGCCGCCGUCCAGGUGAACUAUUACCUAGAUGAAGAAAACUGCUGGGCCCUGGAUGUGAAUGAGCUUCGACGAGCAGUGACUAAAGCCAAGGAGUACUGUAACCCCAAAGUCCUCUGCAUCAUCAACCCUGGCAAUCCUACAGGUCAGGUCCAGAGCAGAAAGUGUAUUGAAGAAGUGAUUCACUUUGCUUGGGAAGAGAAACUCUUCCUAUUGGCUGAUGAGGUGUACCAGGACAACGUAUAUGCCAAGGAUUGCCAAUUUCAUUCCUUCAAGAAGGUUCUCUAUGAGAUGGGGCCAGAUUACUCAAGCAAUGUGGAGCUCGCAUCCUUCCACUCCACCUCCAAAGGCUACAUGGGCGAGUGUGGCUACCGAGGAGGCUAUAUGGAGAUGAUCAACUUACAUCCAGAGAUUAAGGGACAGCUUGUCAAGAUGCUCUCAGUCCGCCUCUGCCCCCCAGUGUCUGGACAGGCAGCCAUGGAUAUCGUCGUGAACCCUCCAGUGCCUACAGAGGAGUCUUACGAGCAGUUCAUUAGGGAGAAGGAAUUUGUCCUGAGCAAUCUUGCACAAAAAGCCAAGCUUACAGAAGAUUUGUUUAACCAGGUCCCAGGAAUCCACUGUAAUCCCUUACAAGGAGCAAUGUAUGCCUUUCCCAGGAUCUUCAUCCCAACAAAGGCAAUUGAGGCAGCUAAGGCCCAUAAGAUGGCCCCAGACAUGUUUUACUGUAUGAAACUUCUGGAAGAAACUGGAAUUUGUGUGGUACCUGGCAGCGGCUUUGGCCAAAGGGAAGGGACUUACCACUUAAGAAUGACUAUCCUCCCUCCAGUGGAGAAGCUAAAGAUUGUCCUGGAGAAGUUGAAGGACUUUCACAUAAAAUUUUUGGAAAAAUACGCAUGAGCCCCAAGACAGCAUUGCCCAAGGAACAGAGACCUGGGGAGUUUGUUUCUAAUUUAACUGGGUCCACAGAAGCCUUGGCUUAGGAACCUUGUUGGACCAGAACCAUUCUUCCCGAACAACAACUCUACCAAGCAUCUUGCCUGGGGGACUUUAUGAUGUUCACCUUUGAUUUUGUUAUAGAAGACUUUUUGUGCCUUGAUGAUGAGAAUACUUCUCUUCCAUCUCUUUCUCUUUCCAAUCAAACUGGGAAUUGGUCACAAUUCAGAAAGCCUCAUAGGCCCUGGUAUCCACAGAGCUGAAAGAUGAACUUGAUCAGCAGAAGUGGUCAACCAGUGCCCUCUGAUUUAUUUGAAAAUCCUAGUUGAGUUUGUAAAACAAAACAAAUCAAAAAGUUAUGUUGUUCUAAGUGGUUUCAGAGCUAGGGCAAAAAUAGGUGCCAGAGAAUGUCUUAAUUUCGGUUAAGUAUUGGGUAGCUGAGGUAAAAUAAAACACUUAUUCUUAUAAGAACCUAGUCUUUUGAGAGGAGGGUUAUUCAGAGAUCAGAUUGAAGAUGCUGAAAGUUUAGCAGCCUAGAAAUAGGACCUUGCCCAAUGGAUUUUAGAACAUGUAAAGGCCUAUUUGCUCCAGGCCUUAAAUGGAUGGAGCCAAGUAGGCAUGUGGAAGGAUGGGGCUCAAGAGGAAGGAGGUGGAGAUAUGGAGCUCUGAGCUCAGCAGUAACACUACUUGGGAAAAAUGAAAUGCAGAUUUUGUCCCCAUGGAGAGAUUUGGGCUACAUUAAGUGCCUGUUGGACACAGACCGUUACCCCUUUUCUGUAGGAGGCACCUCUUAGGGAUUUGAGGGUAAUGGACAGUGGGACUCUUGGGUUACACCCACCCUGACAUUCCUGGUAGAAAAGGAUUUAAGGAAAUAUCUAUCUGCAAUCCAGUAAUUUUACUGCUCCCAUCAGUUCGCCCUUGCAAGUUGUCUCAGGAUAUGAAAGAUUGAGUUGUCUGUCCUCUACACAGUUAGAAAAGAGAUCUAUCCUACACAAAGACUGUUUUUGAUAGGCCCUUCAACAUCUCUUUAUUGACUAAAAAUUUGAACAUUGAGGACCUAGUAACUUUGGCUUCUCACUCCCCUUCUCCCCAAAACCAGGCCAACUGAUUGCAGGGUAUUUUUUUUCUUCCUUGUCUGAUUUUUAAAAUUAUAUGAGGCUAAGUCUAUUCCCCUUAGAAGCUGCUUCAUACCAUGUAACCAGCUUUCUCUUUACUUAGGGAGAUUUCCAGAUGGAGCUUAUUAGGGUGGAGGAAGAUUUUGAGAGAAGACACUGAUCUCAUACCUCCCAGGAGAUAGCUGUAGACUAGAGAUCCAGAGUUAGGGAUUGGUGGGCAAUAAAGCUACCCUCUUUCCUCCUCUGAUUCCCAGACUCCCUCAGUCAUCUUGGUAUUCAGGUCAGACAGCCAACAGAGGCUUACUUAACUGUGAGAGGGACUUUGACAUAGGUGAUCUCAGUCCCCUAUCUUGUUCUCAUAUAACAUAGCUAUCUUUUAUUAAUAUCUUAACCUCUUCAAUGUAUAGUUUUUGGGAUAGAGACUCAGAUACCACUUACUCUCCUAAGGAUUGUCAGGGAGUAGGCUGAAAAAGGGGGUUCUUAAAGUCUCCUUCCUCAUUGAAGCUUCUCUGUGUCCCCAUGGACUGAGAGGGUGGGGGAGCAGAGCAAGGAAGGGAGAACCAAUGGGAAAUUGAUUUGGUACUUCUAAUCUAUCAUUAUUCAGAAGUAUCAGAUUCAUUCUGGAAGAAGUAGUCAAGUUCUUAGAUAUCAAAAGGGAAGGAUUGAAGAUUUCCCACCCCCCCCUUAAGAAUUUUUGCACUUAUAUGCUAUAUGUGAUAGCAAAAUGUCUAAAGGUAGUUGGCGACUUCUGGUUGGCUGCUUAGAAAAGGCAGCUAGGACUGAACAUGCUCUAUUUGAAAGAAAAGGUUUAACAGUGGAGAAGUUAGUAUAUUUUUUUAUAUUUUUGUAACAAUUGCUUUUUUCAUGGGGAGGGGGUUGGGCAGGGAGAAGGGUUCGUAUUUUCGUCUUAACGAACCCAAUAGAUUUUUAUAUUUCCCUUCAGACAACAACCCUAAAAACUUUGCAAGGUUUACAUGAUUUUUAAAGAUGCUAAACAUUUGUAACACUUAAGAACACAUACAUACAAAAUCCAGUUAAAAAAUAAAUAAACAAGCUAUUCUAGGGAAGUUAACUUCAUGUGAAAGGUUUGUACUUUUAGAGAUUCGAGUUUCAUGCACCUUUUGUUUGGUGCCUUAAUUUUUCUGGCACCAGGGGGAUAGGGAUUGGAAGGUAGAGGGAGAGCCAGUUAUUCCUUGAUUCCUGUGAAGCUUUUAAUCAAAAAUGUAAGGUUUUUCUAUUGUGUCAUUCACCACAUCUGUCUGUAUUAUAAUCAGUGGAAUCAACCUCAUACAUAGAAAAUUUACUCUCAGAGGUAAGUUCCUGGAGUUGCAAACCCAGGUUAUUGAAUUUUGUCUCCAUUGUUAACUGUAGCUUGCCACCAAAAGCAAAUACAGACUUAAUUCUGCAUGUUUCCCGUUUGGGUUCUCACAGGGGUCUCCUGGUAUGGGCUUUAAUGAUAGCUAUUAUAUUGGAAGUUUUAAAACAAUAAAACACAUACAAAAUAGGUGAUUGUAAUUAACUUUUUUGCAAAAGCCACUAAUGUAACAGGCAGGGCUGUAUCUUAAUGUUCUAAAAGAGUUCAUGAGAUUUUACCCUAAUACAAACUCUAGGUCUGA